UUAAGUUCCCGCGUCUUGAACAUAACAAAACACUCCGGGUGUACGUCAUUAGUAAAUUCAUGGAAAAUAUGUGUUUAAUCGAUUGAUUUAAUGAAAUAAUGACGGAAAUAGAUGAUAUUGACGAUUGUACGAAUAGUGAUGAUACAGAAAUUGGAUUUCGUAAUUUAGAAAUGACUGAAAGAAUUUUAACACAUAUUGAUGUGAAAUAUUCAGAAAGUUUUAUUACUCUAGUGCGCGUCAUUUUAGUUAUUUUAUUACGUGUUGGAUUUGUGCUCAUACAGAUAGGAAGUAUACCUACAAGUAACGUUAAUUUGAUCCUGUCUCAAAAUAUUAUCGACCUGUGCUGGGUAAGCAUUGUUUUUAUAUUCCUUGGAUCUGUUUUCGCCUACACCGGUGACUUAGGAAGCACCAUGGGCAAAUUUUAUUGGAUUGGUCAUAAAGAUGUAAACAAAGAGGAAGUUAUUAUUGGAUGGCAAGCAGUAAUGAUUGCAUCAGCUAUUGCUACCACCUGUAUAGUGGGUAGGGUACAGAACAUUACUUCGUUUACGAUUGGAUUAAUUUUAUGUGGCGUCCUACAACCUUUUAUCAUUCAUUGGACUUGGACAGUCGAUGGUUGGCUGUCAUACAAUUAUUUUCGAAGUAGAAAAGUCAUGUUUAGAGAUUAUGGAGGAUCAACUAUUGUUCACAUGGUUGGAGGAUUGACUGGAUUUGUAGGAUGUUUAAUAUUAGGAAGGAGACUUAUGAAGCUUCGAGAUCUGGAUAGAGCAAGUAUUUCAACUGGAUCGGUAGCAACUACAUUUCUAGGCCAUCUUUUAAUUACUCUUGGCCUUCAGAGUCUUAUGAUAUCUAAUAAUAUAAAUGAAACUCAGGAGUUAAUUACAACACGAUUACCAAACAUCAUAAUCAACAAUUUGAUAUCAAUAUCAUCAUGUACGAUUGUUGUCACUGUUAUUUACUUUUAUAUUCACAAAUCUCUUGAUCACUGGAUGAUGAUGCGAUGUGUUCAAGCGACCACUGCAGGAAUAGUUAUAAUUUCAGCAGGAGUGGAUGAUUAUUCACCCCCUAUAGCAUUUCUCUUUGGCUGCAUAGGAGGAGUUCUAUUUUAUCUAGUAUCUAGAGAAGUAAAUUACUGUGUCGAGCACAGCGCUGCUCUUUGGGCUCGUAAAUGAGCUUCUAAGCAGAUGAGAAGUCCGGAAUGGUGGAUGGAAACCUAAAAUGUAUAAACAAUAAUUACAUGUCACGUUGAAACUAAACAUAAAUUAAUCUUUCAUCAAGUACAUUUGUUAGUGAAAAUAUUUUUCUUUGAUUGAUUUAAUAAGUUGGAACAAUACUUUAAGCCACAUUAAUAUGGAAAUGCCGUCGAAUGUAACUAGAUUUCCAGAAGUCAAGUGGACAGAUUCGAAACAGUAGGUUGUAGUUGAUGUGUUGUGAUUCAUGGAGCAGGCAACAUUCAACAAUACUUGUCGAUAACAAUGCAUAAGAAGUCAAUGGUAGGAUCAAGUGAAUUGCUUUGACAUUACACUCACUGUGUUCUCUAAAACAAAGCUGCUCGAAAGAUA